GCCAAUUUAUUAUACUAGUAAGCUCAUUCCCAUUUCCCUGUAUAUACUCGAUCAUGGAUCAUGUUAGAGAUCUGGAAAUACUUCUUUAUUAUAUCCAUAUCUCCCACCCACAAAGCCAUCAACACCAAGCUUGUAGGAGUAUUCCGUACUCCCUAGAUCAUCCUUUUUUCCCUACAUAAGCGGGAAUUACUGCUUUCAUUUCAAAUAAUUUAAAAAUCGUUGGAGAAUUUACUGACAUUUGUCUGAUUUCAGUUGCCCAAUUUAAUUUAAAUCCAUCGAUAAAAAUUAAAAAUCCCCAAAAAAUGACGGUUGAAGAGCAAAAGCAAGAGCCAAUCAUCAUUCCGAUGCUCCAGGAGAAAGAAGCGGAAGAUCAGAUUUUAAACAAGGAAUUGACCCCUCAAUCUGAUGAGCCUGAAACGCCUUUGCCACUUACUGUUACUUCUAGGGUACUAUAUAUGCUGGGUGACUUGACAGCAGGUCCGGCUUACAGGUUUACGCAAUGGUUGGAAUUGGUUCGUAAGCGAACUGUUCAGUAUCGGCCCUCUGGCUUCCCUCAUCGCCCCACAAGAAUUAGUCUUGAUAUGCCCUUGAGUACAGGGGAAUCAGAUACUGACCUAAAAGAUUCUUCACCCUCUGAACAAGCUACUGGGAUCAAUCUGUGGGAACGACUUGGUAAAUCUGCUAUGUUGGACAUUGAAUCAAGCUCCUUUUGCUGGGAAAACCUCUCUUCACUUCACCACACAGAGCACAGUGGCAGUACUGAACAAUCUGACGAGGAUAUGUAUAAAACAAUUGAGGUGACUGUCAAUUCUGGUGGAGUUGUCUUCUUUGCGCUGUUCAAACCUGUCAGUGAUGAUUGUAAACUAAGAGAAUGUGCUGCUGUGAUCAAGUUUUCAUCUUCAAGAAUGGCCACACAAUCAGAACGCCUUGGCUAUGAAUUUGCAAAGUGGUUAGGAGUUCGUAUUCCUCAGGCCAGAGUUAUUCAUAAUACAAGUUCAGAGUGGCUUCGGAUAAAGGAGGCUGCCCAAAAAGCCAAAAGUGUAGCUGCAUCAGAAAGAGAUGAAGUUGGAGAAAUAACGUGUUCUGAACUUCUUGAAGCUCUUGAACUAAGUCGAUGCCUUUUCCUAAUGAAUUAUGUACAUGGUUCUCCGUUGUUGGAGAACCAAAAUGCAUUCAGAAAUCGAGAUGCUGCAGAAAAGGUAGCAUCAGCUCUUGGAAGGAUUUUGAUGCUAGACCUUGUUAUCAGAAAUGAAGAUAGAUUACCUUGUAAGCAGCUGGGAUGGCGUGGCAAUUCUGCUAACUUAUUGUUUGCUUACAAAAAUGCCACUGCUAAUAGGGACUUAUUGGAGGAUGCAUAUGAUUCUGCAAUGAAGCGAUACAGACCAAGAGUGGUCAGGGCUUUACAAAAGGAGAGAAGGGCAAAUUCUGUUGAUAGCAGAUUGGACCCCCAGAAUAACGUCAUAAACUCACAGAAAUCAGAUCUUUCUGUUGUUAUGGAAUUACCAAUAGCCAGUAGACUACCCGUAGCUGAUUCAGAUUUGAAUGAAAUGGGUGAUAGUGAUUUUAAUAUUGUAGCAAUUGACUCCGGUGUUCCUCGCCGACCUCCAGUUGGGAAACGUGUAAACGACCAGACUAAUUAUCCAAGACUGGUGGAGCUGCUGUUGAAUAGCUCUGCGUAUUCUUCAGUUCUACUUUAUGAUAUAAGUGGAGGAAAAUUAGGGUAUUCUGAAGGUGAUAAUAUAAAUGAUUCUUGUUCUCCUGACUCGAUCUCCAUUGUCCAGUCAUUCCGAAAUGGGUUUCGUGGUGCUCUGAGAGACCUGCAGGGUUUUCAUAUGUUCCUUCUUACACUGAAUCAAAAACUGGAUUCGGUUUUGAGAUCUUUUAUGAUGAUAAUUAACCGAACUUCUUCAGGGGAAUUAGAUAAAGAGGAUUUCAUAGUCCCUGAAUCACCUAUGUCUGCUGGAGUUUCUUGGUUGUCUCCUGCUUCACAAACAAAGGAACACUUGGCAAAUGAUUUUAAUUCAGUGUCAAUUGACUCUGGAACUGCAUCAAAGCAAUCAUCUUCAGGAUCCAAGGAUUGUUCUGAUUCUGUUUCACCCAACGCACGAGAAACCCCCCAGGGAAAGUAUUCUAGAUGGAGUGGGGAGCAUGCACGUUGCUUGCGUUUGACUACAAAACUCCGGGACUUCCAUAAGUAUGCCAAGGUUGAUGCUGAAUUGAGCAAAGAAUUAGAUCAAUGGAACGAAACACUCCGAAAUGAUGUAGUCAAAUUGUGCCAGGAAAACAAUUUCAAUACUGGUUUCUUUGAGGGGAGUGAUAAUAAUACUGUGGUUGAUGCAUAUGAGUUGAAGGUGAGGCUGGAGCAUAUACUUGAGAGGAUAUCACUGAUAUCUGAUGCUGCUAACACAGAGAAGCCAUCUUUAGUUACUAAUAGUUUGUUCAUAAGUGGAGCGUUGGCUGCAAGAUCCAUCUACACACUUCAACAUCUUGGAAUCACACAUGUACUCUGCCUUUGCUCAAAUGAACUUGGACAGUCGGACUCACAGUUUCCUGAAUUGUUUGAAUAUCGAAAUUUUUCUAUUAGUGACGAGGAAGAUUCAAACAUCAGUAGUAUUUUCACGGAAGCCUGUGACUUUAUCGACAAUGUCGAGAGAGCAAGUGGGAAAGUUUUGGUUCAUUGCUUUGAAGGAAGAAGUAGGAGUGCAACAACGGUUCUUGCUUAUCUCAUGCUAAGGAAGAAGUAUACUUUGUUGGAGGCUUGGAAUACGCUGAAGAAAGUUCAUCGUCGAGCCCAACCAAAUGAUGGGUUUGCUAAAAUUUUACAAGAUCUCGACAAAACGUUGCACGGGAAGGUUUCAAUGGAGUGGCAACAAAGGAAACCGACCAUAAAAGCUUGCCCUAUUUGUGGGAAGAAUGUUGGGUUGAGUAGUAGCUCACUGAAACUUCAUUUGCAAAAAUCUCACAAAAAGCUAUCAUCAGGUAGUGUAGACAGUGCAAUGACAAUGGAAAUACAAAAGGCAAUAAGUGCUUUCAAGAUCAGCCGAGGAGGUAGCGUUAGUCCAACGCAAAGAGAGUCGCCUUCGUUGUUGGAUUAGUAGAAUUCGAGUUCUGUAUGAUUAGCGAGCAAAUGUGCGUUUACAUUUGUACCAUGCCUUUAUUUGGGGGAAAAUUUAGGUUUUUAUUUCUGUUUAUAGAACUGUAUGAAGUUGUAACAUGAGAAUGUGAAUAUCUGGUUGUCAUGUCCAUUUUUUGGCGCCACCAAUUUGAGCAUUGAUGUAACACGAGCAAGAGAUUGAUGUAGGGGGUGUUUGGUGUUUUUGUUGGCUUUUGGCUUAUUGGUUGGUCAAACAGCCAAAAAAAAUAUUUGGUGAAUGGCUUUUAAUAGCAACUAAAAAGCUGUCUUUUAAGCCAAAAUGAAAAAGCUGUUUCUGGUAAAUGGUUUUUAAUAGCAACUAAAAAGCUGUCUUUUAAGCCAAAAUGAAAAAGCUGCUCCAGCUAGCUUUUUUGGUUGGCUUUUGGCUUGUUAGCCCACUUUUUCUCUAGUAAACAACCAACAACUAAUACUCAAAUUUACCAAACAUCACUACAAAUAGUUGAUUUUUUCAACUAACUUAAAAGCCAACAAAAACAACUAACAAUUCUAGCCGAUCAAACAAGUUAACUAAAAAAGCCAACCACCAACAGCCAAUUGCCAAACACCCUCGUAAUCUAUUUACCAAGUUUGGGAUGUUUAGUAUUUCCCUUGUAGAUUUGUCAAACAAAUCGGCUUUUUGUUGAAUGAUUUUGUA